UAAUCUUUGCAACCAAACGAUGGAAGAAAUAAACACAGCACAGUGAUUGGGAGAGAGAGAGAGAGGUGAAAAUGGCGACGCCGACGAAUUUCUACAAGAAUCCUUCAAAUGCAUACAACAAGCAAUUCAAUCUCAACUCCGUCCUUCAAAACCUCCAAUCUUACAAUAUCGCCACAGGAAAUUCUCCUUCCGAUAAACCACCUACCGUCGUCAAACACAAGCGCCGCCGCGAAUCGAGGCCGCCGCCGCCGCCGCCUGUUCAACGGAAUGAAGCGAUGGAGAACGAUGGCCCCAUGUCCCACCACGAAUAUAUCCAAAAACGGAGAAAGGAAGCUAUUUCUUCUCAACCUUACGAAGAGUUAAAUGCAGAUGUGCUGGAAUGUUCAAGCUCGGGAUUUAAUUUGGUAGGGUACGAGAGUGAUACAAGUACAUGUGCAGAAUUUGAAGAGGACCGAGGUUAUCCGAGGAACAGUGAAGAACAAUUGAAUACUAGCAGUGGAAUGCACUACUUUCCUAUUUCUGCCAAUACAGAGGAAGAAUCGGAUCGAAUCAAGUCACAAAGUGAGCAGAGGUAUCCUGCUCCACGAGAACCUGUAUGUAUUGUGUGCGGGAAAUAUGGGGAGUACAUAUGCAACGAGACAAACGACGAUAUAUGCAGCGUAGAAUGCAAAGCCCAAGUUCUUCAGAGAAUUGAAUUUCCACAGGAGCCACAAAGUGUGGAAAUCCCUGUGGGGCCCGUUUAUACGGUGCCUGAAUCUGGUGGGGACACUUGGGAUUAUGACCGUCAUUGCUGGUCCAAGAAGAUAUCCGGGCUUUGUACUUAUGAAUGUUGGAAAUGUGAGAAGCCUGGGCAUCUGGCUGAAGACUGCUUGGUAUCGACAUCUCGUUGUGAAUCGAGUGCUGCUGGCAAAACAUAUAACAAUGUACCGGGGGUUCAAAAUAAAUCCAAUACAAUACCCAGAGGUCUUCUUGAUUUAUACAAAAGAUGCAACGAAAUAGGGAAAAACUUCUUGGCUGCAAAGUGUAGCUCGUGCCGCGGGUCAACCAGUUUAGCGACAUGUAUAAGCUGUAAUAAUACCUUUUGUGACUGUGCAGGUCAUUUGAGCGAGCAUAUAACGGGACAUCCAUCUCAUCAACAAUACUAUUCAUAUAAACUCAAGCGCCUAGUAAAAUGCUGCAAAUCGACUUGCAAAGUUACUCAGAUAAAAGAUCUCUUAACUUGUCAUUAUUGUUUUAAUAAAGCAUUCGACAAGUUCUAUGAUAUGUACACUGCAACUUGGAAACCAUCUGGAAUAUCAAUAAUUUGGAAUUCUAUCUGCUGCGAAGAUCACUUCGAAUGGCAUCGGUUGAACUGUUUGAAUGCAAAUGUAGAAGAUAAUGCCUAUAUUUUAAAAAAUAAACACGUUCGCGAUCAGAAGUGUGUGCAGCUGAGUGACUUUAUCUUUUGAAAUUGAUUUUUGGGUAAAUUACAAUCACCCCUGGGGUAAAGUCUAUUUUCAAAACCCCCCCUCAUUUUUCAAUAAUUACAUCCACCCCCCUGUAAUUUGUGGUUUCUUACAUUAACACCCUU